AGCACGCGACGGCGGCCAGCAGAUGGAAGCCAGCGUCCUGGACGACGAGGUCGCUGAGCCUCACCACCUGGCUGCUCCCGGUCACCAGAGCCUUCCUCUCCUCCACCUCCUCCUCUGCGCCGCGCUGCUCUGCCUCACGGCGACGCACUCCCUCGCCCAGUCGCUCGCCCCGGCCAGCAACGCCCCGCCCAAAUCGCCCAACGCGACGCCGGCCCCCACGGCAGCCGCGGCCACGCCCAAUGCCACCCCGCCCCGCCCGCCGCCGACGCGACUGCACCGCCCACUAUUACCCCGGCUGCCCCUGCGCCCAAGUCAUCCCAGGCCACCCCCGCGACGGCCACCGCUCCCGCCACACCGGCGCCGUUGGCCCGUGUCUGUCCGGUUCUGUUGGCCGCUUGACCGCGUGCGACGUGCUGGUGGGCGUGCACGGCGCGGACCCGACCAAACUCCUGUUCCUCCGCCCGCGCCGCGCCGCGCUCCUGCAGGUGGCGCCGUUGGGCGAGCCGCACGUGGCGCGCGGCUGCUACGAGAAGGCGACAGCCAUGAUGGAGAUGCACUACGAGCAGUACGACGCGGCGGCGAACGAGAGCUCGCUGGCCCGCAAGUACGCGGCGGACGACGUGGUGUUGCGCGACCCGGAGGCGGCGACGCGCGAGCGCGGGUGGGGCCUCACCACGCGCGUGUACCUCGGCAGUCGCGUGCUUCACCGGGGCGUCGCCAUGAAGAAGAGCACGGAGUGCACGUGAGGUGUUUGAGAAAAUGCCAGAGAGAAAGGAUGGAGGAGGAAGAAGAAGAUUGAUGCUGACAGAUGGGCCCAUCUUGUCAGAAACACGUUUAGAAGAGGCCAAGCGAGCGAUUUCGCGACUUGGUAGUUUUUUGCCACGGAUUAGCGAGAAAGUGAUAGUUUUCGGGACAAAAUCGUAAAGUGGUAGUUUUUCGUCACGGUUCCGUGAAUUGUGGUAGUUUUUGGUUAAAUACUCAAGUUAAAAUAAGAACUCAAGUAUGUUCCUUACUGGAGUCAAUUGCGUGAUCAUUAAGCGGGUCAAAACUGAACAGUGUAUUGACCACCCAUCCUGUAUUAGACAAGGAAGCAUAUACACAUCAUUUAUACAUGGUUAGUGUGGAGCCAAAACCAUCCAGACUGAUCCAGCCAGUCCAGAUUCCGAGCGGACCAAGUAGGCGUGCGAAUGAUAUACAUCAGACCAUCUCCAUUAUAUUCUGAGCGAUCCGUUGAGUUUGCUGACUCUGACUAUCCUCCAUGUCCUACUCCGGUGAUGCUCCAACGUUCUCCUAGAGGUCUGCGUCAACAGCCUUCAAGAGUUUUUAUCAUUCACAUGAGUUCUAUUGAUUUGUCUUUAUUAGAAAAAGGGAAAUGGUGUACAUCUAAGUUCAUCUAAGUUAGCUUAGCAAAAUAGCAAACUUGGUUGAUUUUACAUUCAUAGGAAACAGGCGAGCUCAUCACACCGUUGAGCUGUUGCAAUUCUACAUCCUAAUACAAACAUGGAAUCUAGAGGUGGAAAUACGAUACAUCACUCUUCUCUCCUCUCUCCUCUCGUGCAAGAGCCUCCAAAUCAGUGGUUCAGGCUGUGGAUUUGGGGCUAUGGGCUAUUGAAAUCCGGCUAGGAGGGAUCUAGGUGUAUUUCAGCUUAUGGGAAAGCUUGGCUGAGUUUCAACUAUCUAUUGCCGUGGUGGAUGAGACUCAGUGGUCAUGGGAGACUACUGGCAUCUUCUGGGUGAGAUCUGUUUAUAUAUGCAGCAUGCUUUGCAUGAAGGAAGGUGAUAUCUACAGCAAGGUUGGCGUGGACCUAAAGUUUUGUGGAUCCAAAACUACGCACAACGCCGGAUAUUCAGUCCCUAGCAAAACUUCUUCACAGUUGGCCCUGGAUGGACCAUAGCAUUUCAUCAUGCAGGGGCUGGAUGGCCACCUCCAACCUCGCCUCUCUGCAGUAGCCCGCUCUGAACCUGCUGAUCUCAGGGAGGAGCUGUGUGGAACUGCGGCCUGGUGAGCAUGACGCGCGCUGCAUGCGCUCCUCUAGGGUGGCUUUCUCGGCGAGGGCGGCGUACCAGGCUGCUGUGGCAAUCCACGAGCUAGAUGCGUUUUCACCCACCAUCUGGCGCAGCUUUGCCCCGGGGAACUGCAAGUUCUUCUUAUGGUUGUGCCACCGUUGGCGCCUCCCGUGCGCCGCCCUGCUCCAUCGAAGACAUAUCAUUGACAGCGCUGCCUGCGCGUUUUGCGGUCAGGAGGAGACCCUGGUACAUUUGCUGUUCGGGUGUAGGCAUGCUUGCGCCGUUUGGGCCGUGAUUCAAGAUGGCAACGGGGACGAAACCCAUUGGGUUUUGCCUUCCCAAACCCAUCCCCACGAGAAAAUCGUAAACCCGUCCCCAUCCCCAUCACCAUGCGCGGGGCUAGUUUUCCGCCCGUCCCCUAAACCCAUCGGGUCUCGGGGAACCCACAAGAAAAUCAAAAUAUAUAAACAAACAUAGUGGCGACAAAGAAUAACAUUUCAGCAGCAAAACAAGUACAUUUCAGAAGCAUAACCUGACCAAAUUUCAACAAAAAACAAUAGUAGAUGGUUCAACAGCUAUAUAGAGUGUAUUUCAGCAGCAUGAUACCACAUUUCAGCAACAAAAAUGAUCAGAUUUCAGCAAGAAAGAUGAUAAGCCAUACAUGGUUCAACAAGAUAUGCAAUUACAUAAGUUUUAAAAUAGAAUUCUUGGUUUGGCCUUCGACGUUGGGGGGUGGGGGCUCGGUCGCUCAGGCUCGAUAGCUUUGGUUUGGGCCGCACCGGAUCAGUGCUUGGUAAAAAAAUGUAUUUUGCCGGGUUUGCCGGGUUUCGGGUUCGGGGACUGCCAAAACGGGUGCAAACCCACGAAACAUGUCGGGUUGUAUAAUGUGCCUAAUAACAGCCCCACGGGGAUGAAAAUACGCCCAUCCCCGUCCCCUAAUAGGGUAAAAACCCGCGGGGACGCGGGUUUCGGGACCCCAUUGCCAUCUUGAGCCGUGAUCACCCCGGGUGCCACGCCAGCUUCCUCUGUUGAAGGUCUAUGCACAGCUCGGGGUGCGGCCCUGCCCCCCCCCCCCUGAGUAUUGUGAUUCUCUGGAACAUUUGGAAGAGCAGGAAUGCCAGGGUCUUUCGUGGCCAAGACCUCCCUCCGCUUGAGGUUGUUCGCUGCAUCGCUGCUGAUGUCUCCCUUUGGAGAUGGAGAUGCUCCCGCACCAUCUGCAAGAUGAUCCUUGAAUCCUGGGUGCAGCGUUUUGACGCCUUGCUGUAGAUCUUCCCACUGCCUUUUGUUGCAGUUUGUACAGACCUCUCCCCCACUCUCCUGUGUCUCCCUCUCCCUGUAAGUCCGGUCGGAACUGAUGAUAUGGAAAAUUCAGGUGGGCAGUCUUUCUCUGCCCCCUGGUGACGUUUCAAAAAAAAAA